UAGCGGCUUUUAAGCAAAGUAUAAACAAAAUGCCGGUUCAAAGCAUCAAGGCUCGUCAAAUUUAUGACUCGCGUGGAAAUCCAACUGUCGAGGUAGAUCUUGUCACUGAAAAUGGACUAUUUCGUGCUGCCGUGCCUUCGGGUGCCUCGACUGGAGUUCACGAAGCUUUGGAAUUGAGAGAUAACGACAAGUCUCAAUAUCAUGGCAAGUCAGUUUUUAAAGCUGUUGAUAAUAUUAAUAAAAUCAUUGCACCAGAAUUAUUGAAGGCCGGCUUGGAAGUAACUCAGCAAACGGAUAUUGACAACUUAAUGUUGAAGCUCGAUGGUACAGCUAAUAAAUCGAAACUUGGAGCUAAUGCAAUUUUAGGUGUUUCUCUGGCUGUUUGUAAAGCUGGAGCUGCUAAGAAAGCGGUGCCGCUUUAUAAAUAUAUCGCUGAAUUGGCUGGAAAUACAAACAUUAUCUUACCAACACCGGCUUUCAAUGUCAUUAACGGCGGUUCCCACGCAGGUAAUAAACUGGCUAUGCAAGAAUUCAUGAUUCUUCCAACGGGAGCUAAAAAUUUUACCGAAGCCAUGAAAAUGGGAAGUGAAGUAUACCAUCACUUGAAGGCUGGAAUUAAGAAGAGAUUUGGACUGGAUGCGACUGCCGUUGGCGACGAAGGUGGUUUUGCUCCAAAUAUCUUGGAGAACAAAGAUGCUCUAGAUCUUAUUGUAGAUGCCAUCAAAGUUGCUGGUUAUGAAGGGAAGAUCAAAAUUGGCAUGGAUGUUGCUGCUUCUGAAUUCUAUAAAGAUGGCAAAUAUGAUUUAAACUUCAAAAGUGAGAAGUCUGAUUCACCAGCGACUUAUCAUACACCUCAAGCAUUACAAAGUUUGUAUUUGGAUUGGGUCAAACAGUUCCCUAUCGUGUCCAUCGAAGAUCCCUUCGAUCAAGAUGAUUGGGAGUCUUGGACUUCUAUCACAGCCGAUAGUUUAAUUCAAAUUGUUGGCGAUGAUCUUACGGUCACCAAUCCGGAUAGAAUAAAGACGGCUAUUGAGAAGAAGUCGUGCAAUUGUUUGCUCCUGAAGGUGAACCAGAUCGGUAGCGUUACCGAGUCAAUAAAAGCACACGUGUUGGCAAAGAGCGCCGGAUGGGGUACGAUGGUGUCUCAUCGUUCCGGUGAAACCGAGGAUACGUUCAUCGCCGACCUGGUUGUUGGACUAUCUACAGGCCAAAUUAAAACUGGUGCCCCGUGCCGCUCCGAGCGUUUGGCCAAGUACAAUCAAAUCCUUCGUAUCGAGGAGGAGCUGGGAAAUGCUGCUAAAUACGCCGGCGAAAACUUCCGUAAUCCUCACGCCUAAUGGAUCUGACAAUUUAAGGAAAA